AGGUUUUUACCACCUAACAAGGUGGUUUAGAGCCCAGGGCAGUGAAAGGUUGUCUUCCAUGAGCUGGGCAUGCCUUGGCCAAGGCAGAGUUAAAUAUCUCAGCAGAGGUUGGAGGUGAGCAAGAUGAAAGCUACACAAAAGCUGAGGCAAGGUAGAAUAAUUAGCAUCUGUCUUUCCCUCCACCUGGCCUGAUAUUUGAGGUGACAUUUAAAGCCAUUGUACAGAUGUGGAGUGGAACUGUGACCGAAUGAAGGCUUUCUGGAGCCUGGGGAGGCUUUCUCAGUCUCCUGGCUGAUAGCUUCUCACCCCUCCAUGUGGGAUACUCUACUGGGCCUUGAGAGGAGAGAGCCCCCUCUGCCUUCCAGGUGAGCCUAGUCUAAUGGGGGGCUCAGAAUCUCCCUCCCUUUUGCACUUUAAGGGUGUUGAGUGAGGUGGGGUACACAUUAGAAUUCAGGAUAGUGACCAAAGCUGGUGCUGAGGGUAGGAGAGGAGAGCAGAGACUGAAGUGGAUGGAUCACCAUUGCAAAAUUCUCUGGGGAGCUUGUUAAAAAUGCAGGCAUCUGGGAGUGAGACUUCAUUAUCUGCAUGGAUAACCAACCCUCUAAGGUGAUUCUGCCCAUUAAACUUUGAGAACCUCUGAGAUAGAGAAUGUGUGAGGUUAGCUGGAAACAGCCUCUUGGGAGAGGUGGACUUGAAUUUCAGUGUCUAGUUGAUACUUUCUUAUUGUAGAUACGGUCCUUGGCUGUGGACCUAAGAGGCCCGUUCACCUGGGGACACUAAGCUUUCAUGGGAGAGACUGGCAGGGGUUCAACCCACCCUUGAAAUGACUUCCCUGAGAAUGUAUUGCCACGGGCUCCACUCUACCACUUGGGCGCUAAUCGCCAAGGGGACAGAAGCGGUGUGGGAGAUGGCUGAGGAUGCUGUCUGCUGGAGUGUUUGAUUCAUGUUACAACUGAAGCACAGCUUGCAGGGCAAAAUGGCAGCCAAGUGGAGCCCACUUCCUGGGCAGGGUGGGGAGAUUUGUAUGUCUGUGGAUGGUCUUCACCGUGGUUUGCAGACACCAGCAACUAUGAUACUUCUUGUGUUGCCUUCACUCGCCAGAUAGGUCAAUGUGUCUGAGGAGCUGGCCAGUGCUGCUGAGGGAACAGCAGUCAUUGUUGUCCCAGGAGAUGAGUGGGAAAGAUUUUGGGAUAGGGUUGGAUCUCUCUUCCCUCUGUGCUGCUUGCCUUCUGCUCCGUACACUUGUGCUGGCUUUAUCUGAUUGGGAACACAGUGUUUUCAAGUUGGGGCGGGUGAAAAGAGGGAGAAAGAACAGUGCCAGGGAAAGAAGAAGGAACGUCAAAGAGAAAGGAACACAUCCAUGUUAUAAUAUCAAGUAAAUGCUGAACAUCCAGAUGGGCAUCAGCCCUCUGGAGUGGAUGCGCUGUUGCUGGCCUGGUGACAUGGGCUGUUGCUGGCCUGGUAACACAGCCUGUUGUUCCUGGAAAACAUGUCUCUGUAGCCAUCUGGGUGGGCUGGAGGAAACAUGCCAAUGGGAAUAGCUGUGCUUGCUUUGACCAUGAUGAAAGAAGGAGCCACUGUGGAAGCAUUGUAUAAGACAAAACAAAAACAACAACAAAAACCUCCUAAUAAGGCUGUGUCCUGGCCAAUAUCCUUUCUAAUUGCACUACAGUUAAAUGGCAAUGCUGACAGUCUCUUGGAACAUUUUAUUCAACUUCUGGAGGGUCUGCAUUUCAAGUAAGACUUAUGAGGCUCUGUGGGAGUUGGAGAAAUGAGCAGUGGUGGGCUGGGGAGCUCCAGGGAGCCCAGCUUGAUGGGUUGAAGCCAAUCUUGAGUAAAACUCCAGGCUAAAUGGGUUCACCUUGGGGCUGACCUGAUGGGUAUUGCUUAUGUUCUUAGGUUCACUGUUUGCAGGGGAAGUGCUCACACCCAUGUUAUUCUUGAUAGUCUUUAUUCCCUUUUGCUCUGCAAAUGAGACAGUGUGGAAUGUUUUGCCCUUGAUUACUGGAGGGAGGGAAACAGGACCAGCUUCUUUCUCCAGGCCCAAUUAUGAGACUUGUAGCACUAGCACCAUUAGAGCACUCUUUGGGACUUUCUGCCUCACAGUGAGAGACGCUCUUCCCUGCCCCUCUCUGUCUAGGUCUCCUGCCACUGUGGGAGCCUCCCUUUCAGAUUUCUUCCAAGUUGUGUUAGAAAAAGCCUUUUUGGCAUUCUUAUUUGGAGAUGCACUCUCUCUGCAGUUAUAAGCCAGGGGCCAAAGAAAAAGAGGAAAGGCCCUUAGUUAAUAAGUGGCCACAUUUGGACCCUCCACUCAACCUGUGCCCAUGGCAUAUCAGUGCUGCCCUGGAGGGUCCUCCCUCAGGAUUCCUGUUAGGAAACAGCUGUAUUUUCCCAGGUCCUGCCCUACUGUGAGGGCUUCCAUGUCUCAGUGAAACAUGUCACAAUUUCCCAGGGAAUUUCUUAGAGCCCCAGAAACUCUCAGGGAGGAGACAGAUGGGCACCCACGAGUUACGUGACCUUAAAUGUUAUUUAAUCUUUUGGAACAUGGGUUUUCUCUUCUGUAUACUGGAGAAAGUGAUUCCCAUCCACAGAUCUUGCAGGGCACACAGGAGAUGAUAGUUGUGAAAGUACUUUGUGAACAAAAAAGUACUGGUCACACUCAAUGGAUUCUUGUUAUUUGUGAAGGGAGAAACACCGGGUUACUUCUCUCUGGAGGGAAGAGGAGGGGUUUCCAUUCUUGUGUUAACUAUACACUGGAGUCUUGUCCAUUUAAGGUAAUAAGAAAAUAACGCUAACAGAGCCUGAGACGUAGCUUCUGUGGUGGGGCUGUCUCUACUCAGACCCAAUGCUGCCCUUUAAAAAGAAACCACAAGGCAGUUGGCAGGCAGGGGCAGGUGGUGGAGGUUGUGGCUCUGCUCGCUUUCUCCCUCUCCCUCCUAGCUCCUACCCGCUGGAUGUGCGUCCUCCCCAAUCUGAGUUCUUCAGAAACCUGCAGCCUGUCUCAUGUUGGAGGCAUAAGUUCCAAGGAAGAGCUGCCGCUGAGGGAGACAUGCCUUACCAGCUGCCUGAUGGAGGCUAGGAGGCCUGAGAGACCACCAUUUCUGUUAGGAGAUUGGGGAGGCAUUUCUGGUGUGGCCUAGGCUGCACAGAGCUGUGAUGAAUGUGCAGGUGGCUGUUGAGUAGUUUUUAGGCUUGGAGAACAAGGUCGUCCUAGACCUGGGGACUCCUCAGGUUUCAUUUCUGUGAACAGCACUUCCAGUCACAUGGGUCACAGACUGGCCCACUGUAAGAGGGGCUGUGAGCAGGGUAAGGACUGGACACCCUGUCAUCCCCCAAAGCCCCUUAGACAAUGCCCCCAGGCUGAGGUCUCUGCAGCUUACUCUUCUCCUUUCCCUGAAAACAACAGACUCAGACUCCCUUGCAUGUUCAUUUGUCCAGUUAGUAACCACUUGAGUAAUUGCAAAGUUCAGGGUUCUUUGAGGGACACAAAGAUGAUUAAAAAGCAGAUCCUACCUUCAUGGAGUUUAUGGGCAAGUAAGGGAGAAGAGUUAUAUACAAAUGAGAAGUGGAAUGAAAAAAUAAAAUAUAAAGCAAGAUCAGGAAGUCUGCCUCGAUUCUGUGGCAUUUUGAGUUAUUUGUUGGAAAAAUCAGGAGGAUUUGGCCAUGAUGAGGUGAGAGAGUGGGGAGAGCAUACUACUGGCAGGAAGGGCAGGAGCAAAGGCCUGGCAAUAGAAAAUCAUGGGAUGUAUGAACAUAUGGGGAACUGAGAGUCUGGCAAGAGGGAGAGGGGUUGAGAGGUAAGGGAGAACCUUCUAUCUGCCACUAUCUACCAGGUGCAACACCAGAAACAUUAUAUUCUUAUUUUGCUUUGAGGCUUACAAAUACUGUUCUCUCUGGUUUACUGAGGAGAAAGCUGAGGCACAGGGAACUGAAUAACUUGAUUCAGGCCAGGCAAGUAUUAAGUGGCAACCAGGAUUUGCUCCUGUGACUGUGUGACUUUAGAGCCCAUGCUGUCUCUACUGUAACAGAGGUUCCAUGAAGGAACAUAGGAAAAAAGGAUCUGUGGCAUUUUUCUGGUCAUGUGGGCCCUACAGUCUCGGGCAAGGAGAGAGCCCUUGGACCGACAGUGAGGCAGUAAGGCUCCCAGGCUUCGGGACUGGCCUCAAAGUCCAAAAUGGCUGAGCUUUUGGCUUCCCAUCCCACAUUCUAUUGGAGGAGCCACUGGCCUCUGGUGUGGGAAUCAUGGAAGCCAGAAUGGCAGGAGAUACUGGAAUAAAAUUUAAGAGAUGGACUUGAUUGUGGAUUUUCAUUCUUAAGACCACUGCAAACCUAGCGUCUUUGCGAAAGCCCUUCCUGACUCCCUCCCACGCAUCUCCGACCUCCCCUUGAGUCCAGGCAGGCUCGGUCUGCACACGGCGUUGUUCUGCACUUGUUCCUUUGUUGCUGUGAAACCGGCUCCCGGCACAGUCAGCCUCUGUGUGGGAGGACUUGUAGCUGUCUUUGCAGGCAGGCAUUUGCUUAGAGCAGGCUGUGUGCUAGCCCAGCGUCAAGUGAUUCCGGCCUCCACGAGUCCGCGGUGGUGGGAUGAGGCUCUGCCGAGGGGACUGGCUGUGAAGGAUGAGUUCAGGGUGGGAUGACGGACCGCUUCUGGGACCAGUGGUAUCUCUGGUAUCUCCGCUUGCUCCGGCUGCUGGAUCGAGGUUAGAAGACAGGUCCCAGUCUUCCUAAUGAGGCAUUGAAAGCUAGGUGGAAUAGAUGUUUGCUGGAGCCUGUGGAGAUUAUAAAACAAAGAGCUCACUGCCUUAUGUGAUCAGGAGAGGCAGGAGUGACAGCCAGUGUGAAGGUGUGGGAGUUGGAAGGAGCUUGGAACUCAACUUCUUUUGGCCUCUCAACUUGAGAUUCACAAAGAAAAAAAGCGAUGUCUCCUCGCUGAAAGGGUCUUUUCGGAAUGAUGGUUUGAAAGCUUCUGAUGUCCUUCCUAUCCUAAAGGAAAAAGUGGCCUUCGUGUCUGGGGGUCGUGAUAAGCGAGGCGGACCCAUCCUGACCUUCCCUGCUCGCAGCAAUCAUGACAGAAUAAGACAGGAAGACCUGCGGAAACUCGUGACGUAUUUGGCCAGCGUGCCAAGUGAGGACGUGUGCAAACGUGGCUUCACUGUCAUCAUCGACAUGCGGGGCUCCAAGUGGGACCUCAUCAAGCCCCUCCUCAAAACGCUGCAGGAAGCUUUUCCAGCUGAGAUCCAUGUGGCCCUCAUCAUCAAACCCGACAACUUCUGGCAGAAACAGAAGACCAACUUUGGCAGCUCCAAAUUCAUCUUUGAGACAAGCAUGGUAUCUGUGGAGGGCCUCACGAAGCUGGUGGACCCCUCCCAGCUGACGGAGGAGUUUGACGGCUCCCUAGACUACAACCAUGAGGAGUGGAUUGAACUGCGGCUCUCCCUGGAGGAGUUCUUCAACAGCGCCGUGCACCUGCUCUCGCGCCUUGAGGACCUCCAGGAGAUGCUAGCCCGGAAGGAGUUUCCUGUGGAUGUGGAGGGCUCUAGGCGGCUCAUUGAUGAACACACACAGCUGAAGAAAAAGGUGCUGAAGGCCCCUGUGGAGGAGCUGGACCGAGAAGGGCAGCGGCUGCUGCAGUGCAUCCGCUGCAGCGAUGGUUUCUCAGGACGCAACUGCAUCCCAGGCAGUGCCGACUUCCAGAGCCUGGUCCCUAAGAUCACCAGCCUCCUAGACAAGCUGCAUUCUACGCGGCAGCACCUGCACCAGAUGUGGCACGUACGCAAGCUCAAGCUGGACCAGUGCUUUCAGCUGCGGCUCUUCGAGCAGGAUGCUGAGAAGAUGUUCGACUGGAUAAGCCACAACAAGGAGUUAUUCCUCCAGAGCCACACGGAGAUCGGAGUCAGCUACCAGUAUGCCCUAGACCUCCAGACGCAGCACAAUCACUUUGCCAUGAACUCCAUGAAUGCCUAUGUCAACAUCAACCGCAUCAUGUCUGUGGCAUCCCGCCUCUCUGAGGCUGGCCAUUAUGCCACACAACAAAUCAAGCAGAUCUCCACCCAGCUAGACCAGGAGUGGAAGAGCUUUGCCGCUGCCCUAGAUGAACGCAGCACCAUCCUCGCCAUGUCUGCUGUGUUCCACCAGAAGGCUGAGCAGUUCCUGUCUGGAGUGGACGCCUGGUGCAAGAUGUGCAGUGAAGGUGGUCUGCCAUCUGAGAUGCAGGACCUGGAGCUGGCAAUCCACCACCACCAGACCUUGUAUGAGCAGGUGACCCAAGCCUACACAGAGGUCAGCCAGGAUGGCAAAGCUCUGCUAGAUGUGCUGCAGCGGCCCCUGAGCCCUGGGAACUCCGAAUCCCUCACAGCCACAGCCAACUACUCCAAAGCAGUGCACCAGGUGCUGGACGUGGUGCAUGAGGUGUUACACCACCAGCGACGACUGGAGAGCAUCUGGCAGCACCGCAAGGUGCGACUCCACCAGCGGCUGCAGCUCUGUGUCUUCCAGCAGGAUGUACAGCAGGUGUUGGACUGGAUUGAAAACCAUGGUGAGGCCUUUCUUAGCAAACACACUGGAGUUGGGAAGUCCCUACAUCGAGCCCGGGCCUUGCAGAAGAGGCAUGAUGACUUUGAAGAGGUGGCUCAGAAUACGUACACCAAUGCGGACAAGCUCCUAGAAGCAGCGGAGCAGUUGGCUCAGACCGGGGAAUGUGACCCCGAGGAGAUCUACAAGGCAGCUCGACACCUGGAGGUGCGCAUCCAAGACUUCGUGCGCAGGGUGGAGCAGCGGAAGCUUCUCCUGGACAUGUCUGUCUCCUUCCACACACACACCAAAGAGUUGUGGACAUGGAUGGAAGAUCUUCAGAAGGAGAUGUUGGAGGAUGUAUGUGCAGACUCUGUGGAUGCAGUCCAGGAACUGAUCAAGCAGUUCCAGCAGCAGCAGACUGCCACUCUAGAUGCCACGCUCAAUGUCAUCAAGGAAGGCGAAGACCUUAUCCAGCAGCUCAGGUCAGCGCCUCCCUCCCUGGGGGAGCCCAGCGAGGCCAGGGACUCGGCUGUGUCCAACAACAAAACACCCCACACCAGCUCCAUCAGCCACAUUGAGUCAGUCCUGCAGCAGCUUGAUGAUGCCCAGGUGCAGAUGGAAGAGCUGUUCCAUGAGCGGAAGAUCAAGCUGGACAUCUUCCUGCAACUGCGCAUCUUUGAGCAGUACACCAUCGAGGUGACAGCAGAGCUAGAUGCCUGGAAUGAAGACCUGCUUCGGCAGAUGAAUGACUUCAACACAGAGGACCUAACCCUGGCAGAACAGCGGCUGCAGCGCCACACAGAACGGAAGCUAGCCAUGAACAACAUGACCUUUGAGGUCAUCCAGCAGGGCCAGGAUCUGCACCAAUACAUCAUGGAGGUCCAGGCAUCAGGAAUUGAGUUGAUCUGUGAAAAGGACAUUGAUCUGGCAGCCCAGGUACAAGAGUUACUGGAAUUUCUCCAUGAGAAGCAGCAUGAAUUGGAGCUCAAUGCAGAGCAAACUCAUAAGCGGCUAGAGCAGUGCCUCCAAUUACGGCACCUUCAGGCUGAAGUCAAACAGGUCCUGGGAUGGAUCCGCAAUGGAGAGUCAAUGCUGAACGCCAGCCUGGUCAAUGCCAGCUCUUUGUCGGAAGCAGAGCAGCUGCAGCGGGAGCAUGAGCAGUUCCAACUGGCCAUCGAGUCCCUCUUUCAUGCCACUUCCUUGCAGAAGACGCACCAGAGCGCCCUGCAGGUACAGCAGAAAGCCGAGGUGCUGCUCCAGGCCGGCCACUACGAUGCCGAUGCCAUCCGGGAAUGUGCUGAGAAGGUGGCCCUCCACUGGCAGCAGCUCAUGCUGAAGAUGGAAGACCGGCUAAAACUGGUCAAUGCCUCUGUGGCCUUUUACAAAACUUCUGAACAGGUGUGUAGUGUCCUGGAGAGCUUAGAGCAAGAAUACCGAAGAGAUGAGGACUGGUGUGGUGGACGAGAUAAGCUGGGGCCAGCAGCAGAGAUCGACCAUGUCAUUCCACUCAUCAGCAAACAUUUGGAACAAAAGGAGGCUUUUCUUAAGGCCUGUACCCUGGCUCGGCGGAACGCUGAGGUGUUUCUCAAGUACAUCCACAGGAACAACGUCAGCAUGCCCAGUGUCGCCAGCCACACUCGGGGACCCGAGCAACAAGUGAAAGCCAUCCUGAGUGAGCUCCUGCAGAGGGAGAAUCGUGUGCUGCAUUUCUGGACCUUGAAGAAGCGUCGGUUAGACCAGUGCCAGCAAUACGUGGUGUUCGAGCGCAGCGCUAAGCAGGCACUGGACUGGAUCCAAGAAACAGGUGAAUUUUACCUCUCAACACAUACCUCCGCUGGAGAGACCACAGAGGAGACUCAGGAACUGCUGAAAGAAUAUGGGGAAUUCAGGGUGCCUGCCAAGCAAACAAAGGAGAAGGUGAAGCUUCUGAUUCAGCUGGCCGAUAGCUUUGUGGAAAAAGGCCACAUUCAUGCCACGGAGAUAAGGAAAUGGGUGACAACGGUGGACAAGCACUACAGAGAUUUCUCCCUGAGGAUGGGGAAGUACCGGUACUCCCUGGAGAAAGCCUUGGGAGUCAACACAGAGGAUAAUAAGGACCUGGAGCUGGACAUCAUCCCCGCAAGCCUUUCGGAUCGGGAGGUCAAGCUGCGGGAUGCCAACCAUGAGGUCAAUGAAGAGAAGCGGAAGUCAGCCCGGAAGAAAGAAUUUAUUAUGGCUGAACUACUCCAGACAGAGAAGGCUUAUGUAAGGGAUUUACAUGAGUGCUUAGAGACCUACCUGUGGGAAAUGACCAGUGGUGUGGAGGAGAUCCCCCCUGGGAUCCUCAAUAAAGAGCAUAUCAUCUUUGGCAACAUCCAAGAGAUCUACGAUUUCCAUAACAACAUAUUCCUCAAAGAGCUGGAGAAGUAUGAGCAGCUGCCUGAAGAUGUGGGACACUGCUUUGUUACCUGGGCAGACAAAUUUCAGAUGUAUGUCACCUACUGUAAAAACAAGCCUGAUUCCAACCAGCUUAUCCUGGAGCAUGCGGGCACCUUCUUUGAUGAGAUACAGCAGCGGCAUGGUCUGGCCAACUCCAUCUCUUCCUACCUAAUUAAGCCUGUCCAAAGGAUCACCAAAUAUCAACUGCUCCUGAAGGAACUUUUAACUUGCUGUGAAGAAGGGAAAGGGGAGCUCAAGGAUGGCCUGGAAGUGAUGCUCAGUGUCCCAAAGAAAGCCAAUGAUGCCAUGCACGUCAGCAUGCUGGAAGGGUUCGACGAGAACCUGGACGUGCAAGGGGAGUUGAUUCUUCAGGAUGCCUUUCAAGUGUGGGACCCAAAGUCGCUGAUCCGGAAGGGGCGGGAGCGGCACUUGUUCCUCUUUGAGAUCUCCUUGGUUUUUAGCAAGGAGAUCAAAGACUCUACAGGACACACGAAAUAUGUUUACAAGAACAAGCUACUGACCUCAGAGCUGGGUGUGACCGAGCACGUGGAGGGCGACCCCUGCAAAUUUGCCUUGUGGUCUGGGCGCACCCCAUCCUCAGACAAUAAAACAGUGCUGAAAGCCUCCAACAUUGAAACCAAGCAGGAGUGGAUCAAGAACAUUCGAGAAGUGAUUCAAGAAAGGAUCAUUCACCUGAAAGGAGCUUUAAAGGAGCCACUUCAGCUCCCCAAAACACCAGCCAAACAGAGGAACAAUAGUAAGAGGGAUGGAGUGGAGGAUAUUGACAGCCAGGGGGAUGGGAGCAGCCAACCAGACACCAUCUCCAUUGCUUCUAGGACCUCUCAGAACACAGUGGACAGUGACAAGCUCUCUGGUGGAUGUGAGCUGACCGUGGUCCUCCAGGAUUUCAGUGCUGGCCACAGCACCGAGCUGACCAUCCAGGUGGGGCAGACGGUGGAGCUGCUGGAGCGGCCCAGCGAGCGGCCCGGUUGGUGUCUGGUCCGUACCACGGAACGAAGCCCGCCCCUGGAGGGCCUGGUCCCCAGCAGUGCCCUGUGCAUCUCACACUCCCGAAGUAGCGUGGAGAUGGACUGCUUCUUCCCCUUGGUGAAAGAUACAUACUCUCAUUCCUCAAGUGAAAAUGGAGGCAAAUCCGAGUCUGUGGCCAACCUGCAGGCCCAGCCCUCCCUGAACUCCAUCCACAGUUCCCCAGGUCCCAAGCGCUCCACCAACACGCUUAAGAAGUGGCUGACAAGUCCUGUGCGUCGCCUCAACAGCGGGAAAGCAGACGGAAACAUCAAAAAGCAGAAGAAAGUUCGCGAUGGUCGGAAGAGCUUUGACCUGGGAUCUCCCAAGCCUGGGGAUGAGACAACCCCUCAGGGAGACAGCGCUGAUGAGAAGAGCAAGAAAGGUUGGGGUGAAGAUGAGCCGGAUGAAGAGUCACACACACCCCUCCCACCACCUAUGAAGAUUUUUGACAACGACCCUACACAGGAUGAAAUGUCCUCCUCUUUGCUAGCAGCCCGGCAGGCUUCCACUGAAGUACCUACUGCUGCAGACCUUGUCAGUGCAAUAGAAAAGUUGGUCAAAAACAAGCUGAGUCUAGAAGGAGGCUCGUACCGGGGAAGCUUGAAAGACCCUGCAGGCUGCCUGAAUGAGGGGAUGGCCCCACCCACUCCCCCUAGAAACCUGGAAGAAGAACAGAAAGCCAAGGCCCUGAGAGGCAGGAUGUUUGUCCUGAAUGAGCUGGUUCAGACAGAGAAAGACUAUGUCAAGGAUCUGGGCAUUGUGGUGGAGGGCUUCAUGAAGAGAAUAGAAGAAAAGGGUGUCCCUGAGGAUAUGCGAGGAAAGGACAAAAUCGUGUUUGGAAAUAUUCAUCAGAUUUAUGACUGGCAUAAGGAUUUUUUCCUGGCGGAACUGGAAAAGUGUAUCCAGGAGCAAGACAGAUUGGCACAGCUCUUUAUUAAGCAUGAGCGGAAGCUGCACAUCUACGUGUGGUAUUGUCAGAAUAAGCCACGCUCAGAGUACAUCGUUGCUGAGUAUGACGCCUACUUUGAGGAGGUAAAACAGGAGAUAAAUCAGAGGCUGACACUGAGUGACUUCCUCAUUAAGCCCAUUCAGAGAAUAACAAAAUACCAGUUGCUCCUCAAGGACUUCCUGAGAUACAGUGAGAAGGCUGGUUUGGAGUGUUCAGAUAUUGAGAAAGCAGUGGAGUUAAUGUGCCUUGUUCCCAAACGUUGCAAUGACAUGAUGAAUCUAGGACGUCUGCAGGGCUUUGAGGGCACCCUGACUGCUCAAGGGAAGCUGCUGCAACAGGACACGUUCUAUGUGAUAGACCUGGAUGCGGGCAUGCAGUCCCGGACCAAAGAGAGGCGCGUGUUCCUCUUUGAGCAGAUUGUCAUCUUCAGUGAACUGCUCAGGAAGGGAUCCCUCACCCCCAGCUACAUGUUCAAAAGGAGCAUCAAGAUGAAUUACUUGGUCCUGGAGGAGAAUGUGGACAAUGAUCCCUGCAAGUUUGCACUCAUGAACAGAGAGACUUCCGAGAGGGUCAUUCUGCAAGCCGCCAACGCUGACAUCCAGCAGGCCUGGGUGCAGGACAUCAAUCAAGUCUUAGAAACACAGCGAGACUUUUUGAAUGCACUGCAGUCGCCCAUUGAGUAUCAGCGGAAAGAAAGGAGCACAGCUGUGAUGAGGUCUCAACCUGCCAGGCUUCCCCAAGCCAGUCCCAGGCCCUACUCCUCUGCUCCUGUGAGCUCAGAGAAGCCCCCAAAGGGCUCCAGCUAUAACCCACCUCUGCCACCCCUGAAGAUACCUACCUCCAAUGGCAGUCCAGGGUUUGAAUACCACCAGCCUGGGGACAAGUUCGAAGCCAGCAAGCAGAAUGACCUGGGAGGCUGCAAUGGGACCUCGUCCAUGGCCGUGAUCAAAGAUUACUAUGCACUGAAGGAGAAUGAAAUCUGUGUGAGCCAAGGUGAGGUGGUCCAGGUCCUCGCCGUCAACCAGCAGAACAUGUGUCUGGUGUACCAGCCUGCCAGCGACCAUUCCCCCGCCGCCGAGGGCUGGGUCCCAGGCAGCAUCCUGGCACCCCUCACCAAAGCCACAGCAGCAGAAAGUAGUGACGGGAGCAUCAAGAAGUCAUGUUCAUGGCAUACUCUACGCAUGAGAAAGCGGGCGGAAGUGGAGAACACGGGUAAAAAUGAAGCCACAGGGUCUCGUAAACCCAAGGAUAUUCUGGGCAACAAAGUCUCUGUUAAAGAGACGAACAGUUCCGAGGAAUCAGAGUGUGAUGAUCUUGACCCUAAUACUAGCAUGGAGAUCUUAAAUCCAAAUUUCAUCCAAGAAGUGGCCCCAGAAUUCCUUGUGCCCUUGGUGGAUGUGACCUGCUUGCUUGGGGACACAGUGAUACUGCAGUGCAAAGUCUGUGGGCGGCCGAAGCCCACCAUCACUUGGAAGGGUCCAGACCAGAACAUCCUUGACACUGACAACAGCUCAGCCACAUACACUGUCUCCUCUUGUGAUUCUGGAGAAAUCACCCUGAAGAUCUGCAAUCUGAUGCCGCAAGAUAGCGGGAUUUAUACCUGCAUAGCGACAAAUGACCACGGGACCACAUCAACAUCUGCAACAGUCAAAGUGCAAGGUGUUCCAGCAGCCCCUAACCGCCCCAUUGCCCAGGAGAGAAGCUGCACCUCGGUGAUUCUCCGCUGGCUGCCCCCCUCCAGCACAGGAAACUGCACUAUUUCUGGUUACACUGUGGAGUACAGAGAGGAAGGUUCUCAGAUCUGGCAGCAGUCGGUGGCUUCGACCUUGGACACUUACCUCGUCAUUGAAGACCUUAGUCCCGGGUGUCCUUAUCAGUUCAGAGUCAGUGCCAGUAACCCCUGGGGAAUCAGCCUUCCCAGCGAGCCCUCGGAUUUUGUGAGACUUCCAGAAUAUGAUGCUGCUGCUGAUGGCGCCACCAUUUCUUGGAAGGAAAAUUUUGACUCAGCUUACACGGAGCUGAAUGAAAUUGGAAGAGGCCGUUUCUCUAUAGUAAAGAAAUGCAUCCACAAAGCUACCCGCAAAGAUGUGGCCGUGAAAUUUGUUAGCAAAAAAAUGAAGAAGAAAGAACAGGCUGCCCACGAGGCUGCCCUGCUUCAGCACCUACAGCACCCCCAGUACAUCACUCUCCAUGACACCUAUGAGUCCCCCACAUCCUACAUCCUGAUUUUGGAACUGAUGGAUGAUGGCCGGCUGUUAGACUACCUUAUGAAUCAUGAUGAACUGAUGGAGGAAAAAGUAGCUUUCUAUAUCCGAGACAUCAUGGAGGCGCUGCAGUACCUUCACAACUGCAGGGUUGCACAUUUGGACAUAAAGCCUGAAAACCUGCUCAUUGACCUACGGAUUCCAGUGCCUCGAGUGAAGCUCAUUGACUUGGAGGAUGCUGUCCAGAUCUCGGGUCACUUCCACAUUCACCACCUGCUGGGGAACCCUGAGUUUGCUGCCCCAGAAGUCAUCCAAGGCAUCCCUGUCUCCCUGGGGACAGACAUCUGGAGCAUCGGGGUUCUGACAUAUGUCAUGCUGAGUGGGGUCUCCCCCUUCUUGGAUGAGAGCAAAGAGGAGACAUGUAUCAACGUAUGCAGGGUGGAUUUCAGCUUUCCCCAUGAAUACUUCUGUGGUGUGAGCAAUGCUGCCAGAGAUUUCAUCAAUGUGAUCUUACAGGAAGACUUUCGGAGGCGGCCCACAGCAGCCACGUGCCUACAGCAUCCAUGGCUGCAGCCCCAUAAUGGCAGCUACUCUAAGAUCCCCCUGGACACCUCCCGCCUAGCAUGCUUCAUAGAACGCCGCAAGCACCAGAAUGAUGUACGGCCUAUACCCAAUGUCAAGAGCUACAUUGUCAACCGGGUGAACCAAGGGACGUAGCUAUCCCCCAGCCCCUGUGGUUUCACAUAGAAGUGCAGUGUGAACCAAAGCAAGACUGAAUGUGACUGUAAAUAAUUCUGUUCGUCAUUUCACUCCGUGCAGUUCUCUGAAUUGAGAGAUGUACCUCUUAAACCUCGAUAAUAGUUAUUCAGGGUCUGAGCAGCAGUAAAAGUCACCCUCAAUCCAGGAGCUUUCCAGAAAGUUGUUCUGAAGAAAUAAAGAGGCAAAGGGUCACAGAAGUGUUCAGAAGAAGGGCAAGGAUAAGAACAAUAUUAGCUGUUAUGAAAUUGUAACUGUAUCUUCCAAAAUGAGUGGUUAACUGGGCAAAUCUUAAGCUCACAAGAGUGUAAAAUGUCUCUGGCUUUGCUGAAAGUUUAAGCAAAAAGUUCUAUUUAAUGGAGAUGUCAUGUAUAUCACCUAUUCUGGGUUAGAUAACUUAGAUAUAGUUUCUUAAUAGGAUACAUAUACACAUACAGUAUAAUACAUCCCAUUCAGGUUUCAGAGUUUUCUAAUAUAAAGAGAUAUAUAUUAAAUCAAUCACAAGUAACCGAGUGCUCCAGUUAAGACAUUAAUUUAAUUACCGAAGCAUUACAUUGUUUUGACUAAGCACAAUGAGAUGACAAGUUUUUUAGAGCAUUUUAUAAAUCUUGUAUAGAAAUCUUUUACCAGAACCUGUGCAUUAAGAGAAAGCAAUGUUGCCCUUUUGAAUGAGAAGAUUUUCUUCUGUCAACCACAGGUUUUUUGAUUAAGAUAGGUUCUUUCUGUGUAUGAAACACUACCUGCAAAUUCACUGGUAGCUCAGAGUUAAUCUGGCAAGAAAGCCAGAAAUAAGUUCUGGCUUUCUUGUAUAUUUGAACUUACCAGGAAAUGAGUUCAAAUACAGUAUGAGCUGCGGGAGUAUUUUUGUGUCUACACCGGGUUUGAAAUAAGUAAACGAAUAUGAAAGAUCCAUACAAAAGGGCAAAUGGAAACCUUUCCUAUGGUUCCUGUGAACAGCAUACCAAUACUUUCUGAUUUCUUCUACGGCUGUAGAAUACAGUCUUUCAGAAAGUUGGCUGGCUUUAUUUCUAACUCCUUAUUGAAGCUAAGGGGUGCUUACUAAAAGGAGGCAGCCAUAUAGGCCUUCUAAAGGCCUGGCCCUAAGUCCUUUCUAAAGCCAUGGAACAAAACCUGAUACAUCACCCUAACGGAACAUUAGGUUGUAACUGAGAUUGCAAUACCUGUCACCACUCAGCCACUGACAGUUCUCUGAACUAAAAGGACUAAUUUUACUUUGAGGCCAAUGCUGCUUUCUGGUAUAUAUUCUUCAUACAAGAUUACUAUUAACUGCUCUUUUUCCCUCUGGUGGGAAAAAAAUUAAACCUGGGCAUUUCAUGGGUUUUCUUUCUUUAUUUUUGUUUGUUUGCGGGGGAGGGAGUUUGUUUUUUUGUGUUUGUACAUGAUCCAUCCUUAGUUUUCUAGAAUGUGUGUUGAAAUUGCUAUUAUACAAGUAAGAUUUUAAAAAUGUAACUCAAGUGUUUGUUCAAAUCAGGUUUAAUGGCAUUGCUUUGCUCCUAUAAAGGGAUAGAGAAAAUUAAAAUCUCACAGUACCGAAGUUCAAGAAGGGAACUUACGAAGGACAAACAGAACUACAAAUCUAAAUGAAAAAGAAAUGGUGGAAACUAAGCCUGAACUUUAACAUAUAAAGAAAACACUUAUUCCCACAGUGGAAAUGUAAAAUUGAAAAUCAUCAUUUAUUUUCUUAUUGGUUUCAAAGUCAGCUUCCUCAUCCCAUCAAGAUUAUAGAUUGAUACCUUAGUGGAAAGUAUAAGCAAUAAGACUAGAUAGCACUUAGUAUUUUGGGGAUUAACCAAAUAUAUGGAAACCGACUCCGACUGUAUCCGACUAUAUUUGUUUUCUAGUUUUCGAAUGGCCCUGGGUCAUUAAGCCUCACUCCCUCAGAGGUCUCUCUUGACUAUCCCCUGUGGUCUUCAUUUGAACCUUUAUGUAUGUACAAACACUCUAUGAUAUAAUACAUAAACAUUUAAAACAUACUUACUAAAAAAUCCUUUUAGUAAACAUGUUUACUGAAAUUUUUAAAAUUUAAAACAUAUUUAGUAAAUUUUUUUAGUAAAUGUUUUCAUUAUGCUUAAAAAUUUUAAAACAUCUUUAUUAAAAAUCCUUUUAGUAAACAUGUUUACUAAAACCCUUUCAGUAAACAUGUCUUCAUUCUGGUAUACACAUAAAGGAGGAAAGCCCAGCCCGUAGGAUUUGUCUGGGACAGACUGCAGGCUCUGAGGAUUCCCAACAUCCAUAAAGUCUGUCUUGGCAAGUUCUCUUCUGUCCACUGUGGAUGACCUGAAUCAAGAUCCCCCUGCUGAGUCAGUCUGAGUUUUUAUAACAAGCCGAGUUUCUUCUUGAGAAGGCCAGGGCCCAGGACAGUGAUGCACAGACCCUGAUGGGUGUGGGGGGAAGGGGGGGUUGUUGAAAUUACGUUAUGGGGACAGUUGACAGAACGUUAGACAGAACCCAAGCUUUCUUCAGCUUUUACAACAGCGUUGGGAGGAUCCAAAUGUGGGGUUGCAUGGAAUUCCCCCAAGUACACAUACUGGGGAAGUGAGAAGACAGGAAAGGAGGGACCUAGAAAUGAAGUAGAGUGAUUUUGUGGCCAAGGUACAAUCAUUAGACUAGAAUGAACUUAAUAGAGGUCCCAAGAGAAAGGGUGUAUAUUUUGUAUAGUUUGAUAACAGAGGGAAACUAACAGGGAGGCUCCCUGUCUGCAAAGCUCUUGGUCCCUCCCAACAGGGAUAAGAGAGUAGUCUUGGUUCAAGAGUUCUCCAGAGCAAGUUGGAAACAACAAGGAAUUCCAGACGAUGGGCUUGGGAAAUGUAAUUUAAGUUGUUCUGAGGGCAACCAUGGUUAGGGAAGAAGGAUCAGGGACCACUCUUGUUCCUGUUUUGGCAGAGAGAUUUAGUAGUAAAGAAGAGAGGAGAGAAGAGAAAAUAGUCCACUUCUAUCAUAAUGAUGGUGGUUCACAGUGAGACUGAACUCCCACCUGAAACGAGAAAAACAAACAAAGGUCAAGGUCACAAGUUUCUUGCUUGGCUUAUAUUCAUUGCAUAGGGUUCUGAGGUUUUUGUUUUGUUUUAUAAGGGUGGGACACAGAAAGAAUGAAAAGAUCAGGGACAACCCAUAAUAACUUUUAAGAAGUAUUAAUAUAAUGAUUUUCUACAUCUUUUGCAUUUGGUUCAAAUUAAAUAGAUAUAUAUCCAAGUAUAGCUGAAUGUGGUAACAUUUUUAAGAAAACAAAUGGUAAUGGUGGAGAUGUCCUUCAGGCCUCUCUCAGCCAUAAACAGUGUAAGGGGGAGUAGAGGAAGCAGAGGAGAACGCUAGCUUCACAGCUUUGUGAUCCACAAAGCCUUUAUAAAUAGUAGUGCCUUUCAGAGGGGAGGAUAGGAGAUAAAGAUGUUCAUUGCAUUUAGAUUUACUGAUAUUGCAGCAUUUUUUCUUUAUUUUAAAAUGUCUUGUAAAUGCAAACAUCUGAAUAUAGGGGUGGAACCAGGAAUUUCUGAGCUUCAAUUUCAGCUAUUCCUGAUUCAUCCUUUCUUACAGAAAGUCUUUGUUUUUUCUUCCCCAAAUGUCCCCAUUGGUAAAAUGGGAAAUGGGGGAUGGGGACGGAGGACAUUAAUCUUACAGGAAUGUUGAGAAAUAACCUUGGUUGGGACAUCUAUAAAAUACUUUGAUUUUUUAGAGUGCUACACACUGCCAGUGCUGAGAAUUUUACUGAUAGUAACUUUGAACAUUCCAGGUUUUUAAUACUCACCUCUUUAGAUACCACGUAUAAACUCCUGAGAUUACAUUCUGCAAAUUGCUUUCAGAUUAAAUUCUAUAAAUUGCUUUCAGUUGGAAGUAUUAGGUGCUCUUUGUCUAAAUGUUAUUUGGUCUUAGCCUAUAAUUUCGAUCAUUUAAGAGCUUGUCUACCGAAAAGAGUUAGGAGGGCUGAUGAAGUCUUAUGUCCAUAAGCCGUUUUCUCCAGUAUUUUUUAUGGCAAGUGCAAAGAGUAAAAUGCCCUCAAAAGCAGCUGCUACCUUCUCUUCUCAAGCUUUAUGCUCUGGAAAAACAGAGAAGAACCCGACAACCAUUUUCCUCACUGUGGGGAAAAGUAAGAAGAAAACAUCUUCUCAUAUCACAAUUUAUUUUUUACACUCUCACAGGAAUCUAUUAUAAGAGGCAAAUUAAAGGCACAGGCAAGUUAAAUGCAUAGAAAUGAAUUGGACUGUCAUUUUUGGAGGACAAACCUUGAAUCUUUUUUUUAUGGUGGCUUAGUCUUUCAGGAGUUGCAUAUUUGCUGUCCCAUAACCCCCAUGAUUGUUAGAUCCCAUGAGUUAGGCAUUACUUUUUUCUUGCCUCUGUAGAAGAGCAUGGCAAUUUAGAUUUGUGAGAAUAUGAGGAAGUAAAUAUAAUAUAAACUAAAUUUUAGUUAUUUCUGUGCAUUAACUAAAACUUUGCCUUGUGCAUUUAAUAGAGGAGGAAAUAUUUUGUAAAUAAGAGGUCUUUGUAGGGGGCAAAGUUCAAACUCACCAUGUCCUUAUUCAGUGUGGACAAUGAAUUGUGCUGGAUGAGUUUUGAGGAAUGUAGACCUUCCUUUCUCUCCUGGGUUGCACCUCUGUGGAGUCUGGGUUAGAUAAACACAGUAUGUGACCUUUCCAUGGAUUUAUUUAUAAAACUGCACCUUGAUUUUUCUUCACUAUUUAAAGUCUAGGGAUGAUUUGAGGAUGAACGAUUAAACCCAGGGUGAGCCUACAGAAGACAGAGCUCACACAUGUUUCAUCCAGAAAAGGAAAGCUACUAUGUUAAUAUUUAUUUUCUAAAAAUAGUAAGACUCUCAGUCGUUUCAUUAAUUCUAAAGGGUUAAAAAGGGCUGAAAUUUGUUUAUAGCAGUAAAUGUUUUUAAUAGGAAAUAUUACUCACAUAAAAAAAUUGAUACAGAAGUAGUAGAACACAGAAUUCUCAUAAGAACAUAUUUUCUAUGAAAGGCAUUUUUUCCUCAUCUUCAAUAAAUAUAAAGAAGUUAGAGGAGAGGAAAAAGCAGUCACUCCUAGGCAACUUUUCAUCUUUGAGGGACAUUAUGAAAAGCCUGAAAUUAAUGCGCACAGGCUAUUGCAUUUUCUGUGAGAAAUGUGCCCAUUUGCUGUGAGAUUCUAAAGUGUGUUCAGAUUUAGGUUUUACUCAAAUGAUCGAGAUAACAGUUUAGCUAGAUAACUGCUAUUUCAGAUAGUGAGGUUAGCUGAGAAAAGGAAGCAUGGUAGAAGAAAUGCAAAUAACAAUUCUUGGAAUGUCAGCCCCUGAGGCUUAGUUUAACCAAGCUAAUCUGUUGGCCCAGGGAUAGCCAGCACAGGAGCUUCCAUCAAUAUCUGACUUCCAUCAAGAAUUGAGUCCACGUUCCGGAGUAUUAUGGAGACUGUUACUAUGACCUCAAAGACUGUCUCUAGGAAUCUGAAAUUAACAAAACAUACAUCUUCUCUUACUAACUUAAGCCAUAUCUGUCAUCUCUAUGUUUGAUUUCUCUGACCCUGGUGCUUUUACUUCUGUUUCUGCCAAACUUCAGCCUACUCUAUGGGGAAGGUGAGUAAAACUAAUAGAACAAAGAAGAAGACUGUGAAGAAAACUAACCAUACUCUUCAGAAUGAGAUCCUGUUCAGAGAACAGUAGUGGUCAAAGUGCAAACUGUUGGAAAAUACGGAUAUAUGUACAUCUGUACAUGUAGAUAGUGUAUAAUAUGUAUGUAUAUGUUAUUGCUCAUAUGCAGAAAUCUAUCCAUUUGUAGACAGCCCAGGUGGGUCAAUUUUUCUAUUGGAAAACCAUUUAGGGCCAUUCAAAACCAUGAGGGCUAAUUUGUGGAGACAAACUCCACUCAUUUGGGAAUUAAUUUGCCGUCUUUUGAUGUCCACAAAGCCAAGCUAACAAAGUGUGAAACAUAAAGGGGCCAUCAGUUAGGUUAUUCUGUUUAUCUGGACUUUAUCAUUAUAAUUGAACUAUCAAUAGUCAAUUUGCAAACUGUAUUGGCAUCUCUUGGUUUUGAGUGACCCCUGCCCCCAAGUCUUUUGAGAAUUUGGAGUGGGCUUCACUGGCCAUUCAGACAAAGGGCCUUAUUCAUAAGUGGACAGGUUUCCCCAUAGGGACCAUCACACAUAUACAUAUAAGUAUAUACUUCCACCAGGCUUGUAACAAUUGAUUUAAAAUCACUCCACAGUAUUGAUAAAUAGCUCUAUAUUUUCAAGGUGCAGAAGAAUUCCACAGCCUUAAUUAUUUCAGUGUCUUGCUGGUCUGCCUUAAGUGUAUCUUCUGGAUUUUUGGUUGUUUUAUUAUUUUUUAAAUUUUUCUGCUGUUGUUCAUUUUGUAUGCACACAAUGUCGUUUUGUAAAGGUAGGUUGUAAAUAGUUUAUUUGUAAGUCAAAACCACUCAUGUGUAAUGUUGUAAGGUGACGACCUGCUGUCUUGUUUCUGCUACAGUAAAUGUUAUAAGUUAUGGAUGAAACUUCAAAAUGUACAUCUCACAUGUUAUGCAUUCCUAUAAAUAUACUAUACUGAAGAUACUA